AUCAAGCCAAACGCUCCUCCUGCAGCUGCGACUAAACUUUUCUCUUUGUUCCCGUGUGCACGGGUCCGACCCGACCCGGUCCACUAGGCGCGGUCCGGUCCGGUUCUGAAAGUUUGUGAGCAGAAGUUUGCGGAGCGGCGGAGCUCCGGGGAUCCGCUCGGUUGGACCCGAAGGUUACAUAAGAGCGGACAUAAAUCCUGAAUGAGCUCCGUGUCCGGCGCCGCUCCGCUCCGCGCGUAAACGCGCCGCAGAGUUCAGAUUCCAGCUGAAAAGCGAGGACGCACGGUUCUGACCCGGUUCUGACUGAGUGAAAAUGAAAGUUUGGAGCAGGUUUCCCCCCCUGGAUGCAUGCUCGGAGUAUUUUCCUGACUUUAGAGUGUGGAGCGUGAAGCCGCGCGUCCUGACGCUGAAUGGGAUGGAUGAUCGUGUGAGCGGCGGAAUGAAGCCAGCCUGCUGUAAAUAAGACUCCCCGGUCCUCUCUGUGGAUAUAAAGUGACUGAAGAACGGUGAUUUUUUUUUUUUUUUCAUGAGCUUCGGUUCUGGUUCGCGAACAGCUGAACCGAAGAGACGCGGAUGCUCGCCGCGCCGCCGCUCAUGGCGCGCUCCGGGCGGCCGCCGCUGCUGCCACCGCCGCCGCUGCUGCUGCUCGGGCUGCUGCUGCUGCGACUCUGCUGCGCCGUUACCGACGACCGGCUCAUCUCGGACCGGUACGCGGUCUACUGGAACAGCACCAACCCCAGGUUCUUCCGGGGCGACUACACGGUGGAGGUGGCGAUCAACGACUACCUGGACAUCUACUGCCCGCACUACGAGGCGCCGGAGCCGGCGGAGCGCAUGGAGCACUACAUCCUGUACAUGGUGAACUACGACGGCUACAUGAGCUGCAGCCACUACCGCAACGGCUUCAAGCGCUGGGAGUGCAACCGGCCGCAGAGCCCCAACGGGCCGCUCAAGUUCUCCGAGAAGUUCCAGCUCUUCACGCCCUUCAGCCUGGGCUUCGAGUUCAGGCCGGGACACGAAUACUACUACAUCUCGUCUCCACAUCCCAACCUGGCUGGGAAGCCGUGCCUGAAGCUGAAAAUCUACGUCAAACCGAGCAACGACUCCAUCUAUGAAUCUCCAGAGCCCUUCCUGACGGACGACACCACCGGCGGCAGCAGCCUGGCUCUGCCGUCCGCCAUAUUGCUCUCCCUCCUCCUCAUCCUGCUCCUCGCCUCCUCGUAGCACCUCCUCCUCUCCCUCCUGCUGCUGCCGGGACAGAUUUGGCAGCUCCCGCUCCCUGACCUCUGACCUUUUUCUGGACGUGGAUGAGGAGUCGGAGACCAGCAGCGGGAGGAACUGCGUCUGGAGUUUUUAAAAACUUUUCUUUUAAAAGAGCAAAAACUCUGUUUCAGAUCUGAACGCUGAGGCUCCACUGACCUCCAUGUUCACAGCUGGCUGGAUUUUACAGAUUUCAGGAAACUCUUUAAAACAAUCCAUUCAUUUUUUUAAAUAUCAUUUUGUUCAUUUUCAAGUUGAUGCCAAAGUUUUGUACAUCCGUUCUAUAAGCCCCGCUAAGGACAUACAAGUCGUUACUCUCCUAAAAUACAAUACAUUUUGAAACGUU